CAGCUGAGUGUUCGUUGUGAGUUGUUGUUACCACAACUAUGGCACGUACCAAGCAAACGGCUCGCAAGUCCACUGGUGGCAAGGCGCCCCGCAAGCAGCUUGCUACAAAGGCAGCUCGCAAGUCUGCUCCAGCCACUGGAGGUGUCAAGGAACCCCACCGUUACAGGCCUGGAACCGUUGCUCUCCGUGAGAUCCGCCGUUAUCAGAAGAGCACUGAGCUGCUUAUCAGGAAACUGCCUUUCCAGCGCCUGGUGCGUGAAAUUGCUCAGGAUUUCAAGACUGACCUCCGCUUCCAGUCCUCUGCUGUCAUGGCUCUCCAGGAAGCUUCCGAGGCUUACCUCGUGGGUCUGUUUGAGGAUACCAACCUGUGCGCCAUCCAUGCCAAGCGCGUGACUAUCAUGCCAAAGGACAUCCAACUGGCUCGUCGCAUCCGUGGCGAGCGUGCCUAAGAAGUCAUCCACGAAUGAUCUUCAUAACAGCAAUAUCUAGGCCCUUUU